AUGUGGGUUUCCCAUAUCGGCAGUAAGGAUGCUCCAAUUAAUAAAUUUCCGUAUCAUGUGUCAUUGAGAUACUUUGAUAUCCACAAGUGCAGUGGAUCUAUUCUUAAUAACUAUAACAUAUUGACGUAGCACAUUAUAUUACCGAGUAAUUCAAAAGAAUUGAAUUAUCUAAAAGUCCAUGUUGGCACAAAUUCUUUGGAUAUACCAGGAGCAGUUUAUGACAUAGAAAGUGUAAGCGUCAACUCUCAAUAUGAUGAGGAAUUAAUCAUUAAUGAUAUCGCUUUGGUUCACCUAAAAAAUUCUAUUGUGUACAACAGAUUAGUGCAACCGAUAAAUCUUGUAACAUCCGAUAAAGAACUCGAGGGCAAGCCAUGCACAUUAACCGGAUGGGGAACUACUUCGAAAAAUAUUCUACAUAAGUUGCAAGAAAUUGAAUUAAUAGUUUAUCCGCAAAAAAAUUGCAAGGCAGUACAACCGAAAUUGGAACCUAGCCAUAUCUGCACUUUGACUACAGCAGGAAAAGGAAUAUGCUUUGAAGAUUCUGGUGGAUUAUUGGUGGUUAAUAAAUCUCAAAUUGGAAUUAUUCCCUUUGAUCCUCCUUGUGCAUUUGGAUACUCAGAUGUUUAUACAAGAGUUUCCAGUUUGAGAUUUUGGGUCAAAGCAAAUUUGAAAAAAUAA